CUAUAGCAAUAUUUCACAAGACAUUUUAAUCCUUUCAUUUCUAAACGGUAAUAUUGCAUACGAGGUAACGAUUAGAAUUUAAAACCUUAUGUGCACCAUAAGAUCCUUUCAAUCACGAAAUCAAAUUUUAUUCGUAUCGACUACAAUAUUAUAAUCAUAACACAGUCACGACAUCAUAUCACAUAAACAAUCAUCGAUUUCUGAACAUCGUUAUAAGAUUUCUCGUUUAGAAUGAUUAUUUUAUCCAAGGCUGUCUCGCGCACGUUUAAACAGAUUCGAUUCUUUACUAUUUUCUCUUUUAAAUCAAGCAUAAAAAGUCGUUUAUCAGGAAGGUCACGUUUAAUAAAUGUUUACAAACUGUUCAGACUAAAUAAGUUUCGUAAUGUAUAAACAGAUACUGUUACGUACGGUCCACACUUGUGAUACGUCGUGCACAAUAUACAUAAUACACACAUGCACACAAGCGAAUGCAUACAUGCGCAUUCGGACGGCAUGGUAGAUGGUCAAGUGCAUGCACACAAAAAAAAAGAGAAAGUCUCGGACUUCGCGGUGUCAAUGUUGCAAUCGUGUAAAACAAAUUAUAAACGACUCAUUAAAAAAAUAUCAGUGUCUCCUCCUGAGCUCGUUACAACCGUCCGUCUCGAUGUCUCAAUUAUUUUGCGACGCUUGGGAUUUGACGAUCCACGUUGUCCAAUAGAGGCAAAGAUUUUGAAAUGGAGACCAAUCUAGACAGAACACGGAAAACCCGAGAAUAUAAAUGAGAUUAGCGGAAGCUUUCCUUCUCUCAUUCCGUUCGAAACCACGGUAGUGUCCGAGACUUCUCAAUAUACCUCGCGACUCAGGGUGACUACACACCUAGGUUAGAUCGAGUUACUGAGUACCAGUGUCGUUCAAGUGAAAAUCAUAAACAUUUAUAAUCAUAAAGUAACAAUUCGAAAGUGAUAAAAUAAACUCUUAAUGACGCCAAACCACAGUGGGGAUCUUAAUCCAUCCUCAUAACAGAGACACAUACAAAGGAAAUGAGUAUUCGACUGAAUACACAGAUAACUCGCUGCAACGUAAUAUCACUUCAGGAAGACAAGAAAAUUGGUGAAUAAAGAGAGAACUGAGUGAGGAUCGCAAUUUUUCAAACAAAUAGCAACUAUUUCUGCCCGGAGUAGUAAACGAAAGAAGAAUCGAAACACACAGAAAUAAAAUUAAGUGCAGGAAGGCAUCAAUAUUGUUGUGCAUAAAACUUGCAAAUCGAUGUGAAAUGACGGUUUAAAACUUAAGCAAUUAAAGAAAUUCGUUUAAAUACGACUUAAAAUAAUAAUUCAACAGGAAAGUCUGAAGAAGUUCUUUUUGAAGAAGAGUGAAAAACGCUGCAUGUAUUAUUUGUAGACAAGUGAAUUAUGUUUUUAUUAAAAUGAAGUGUACGUAGAAAAAAACAGGUUUAAAGUACAAAGAGCAGCAGCUUUGAAAUGUAACUUUAAAUUAAUCAAAAUAAUAAUCUGGAAGUAUCAAUUAAGAACGUGACGUUGACUUCAAAAAGGCGAUAAUAGUACAGAGAUAUAUACUUUGUAUUAAAUAAACGAAUAAUUACAGUUUUACACAACUAUGUCUAUGAUAAGGUUUGCUUUGCUCGGCCUGCUAUUAUCUUUAAUAAAAGAAUCAUCCGAGUGGCAACUGAUGAAAUGUUGCCCACCAGGACAGAUUUUUGUAAACAGUUUCACCAACUGUGAAUCAAUACCGCUAUUCGCGAUAGAGGUUCACUAUUGGAACAUUACCAGAGAAUUCCAAGGAAUUCCUCAGUGCAACGAAUCUGAGGAUCUUGUGAUAAUGAUACUCAAAAAUUUUGAAUCUAUCGCUAACUUAGAGGUGCCCGCUUGCAUUGAAUAUGCUUACAAGUCCGGGGCAAAAAAACCCAUAAUAAUAAUUCGUUACUGUCAAUCAAACAAGGACCAACAAGUGAAAGCAAUUAAUACAUCCUUUCUGCAGCUCUUACACACCAGAAAAUGUUGCUUUGGCGAUACAAUAUUCGACAGCGGCACAAAGACAUGUGUGACCCGAUUAAAUGAAUCACAGAGUCUAGGAGCAUUUUUGUUAAAUAAAUUGACUGACGCAGAAAGUACAGUGAUACUCACCCAAGGUCCACCUAAGUGUAAAGGACCGAUCGUUAACUAUGAAAUUAACGAAAACGAUAUCUUUCUACGGAACAAUACAUAUAUGGUGAUGAUACCAGUGUUGAAAAAUAAUGUCAAAGAGGAACCAGUUACUGAAGAUAACGCUUGUCUCGAGAUGACGCCGGAUUUUGCAGUUAAACGAAACUUGGUAGUCCGUAUCUGUAGGGAUCCGCAAUUCUGCGACACAAACGCUUGUAUCAGAAAGUGCUGUCCCGAAGAUAGAUAUUUUUAUGAAGACGGUUGCAUUAGCUACCUCCGUUUUACCAAUGAAGUGGGAGAAUUUUACAAUGCUUUUGUGAACGCCGUAGAUCAAACGAAUUCGUUCACUUUCGACACGAACAAAAGCCACGGGAUUUUGAUUCAGAAGCCACAGUGUGACUUAGUGUACCCUUACGAUUUAAAUGAUUGGGAGAAAGAUGUGUUACUGACGUCAAAUGGACAUGUUUUUAUCAAUAAUUAUGAUACAAACGACAUGCAUUGCUUCGAAUUCUAUCAUAGCUAUGCCGACUACAACUCUUCUCGUUUUAAAUUGUUCGUCUGUCCCAAAUACCUGAUUGCUGAGACUCAUAAAAACGCUGACUGGUGGUUCGCCAUAUUGGUCGUCAAAUGUAUAUUUCUGUUGAUGACGUUGCUAGUGUACGGGUACUUACCGAAUCUGCAAAAUAUUCAUGGAAAAACGGUUAUAUGUUAUGUGAGCAGUAUCUUGCUGACUACCAUCUGCGCAUUCAUCACCAAUUGGUACCGCAAUGUUGGACAUACGCCACAAAAAACAUCGUGCAAAGUUUUAGCUUACAUCGGGUUUUUCUCUUUUCAUGCGGUAUUUUUCUGGCUUAACGUCUUGUGCUUCGACAUAUGGCGAACAUUCGGAUCUGUGCGUGAGAAUAUGAAUAUAAAGGACCGCAAAAAUACGAAACGGUUGCUGUUGUACUGUUUACAUGGGUGGGGCAUCCCUUUACUGUUGUCAAUCCUCAUUAUCGUUGCCGAUAACACGGAUUUCCUGCCAGAAUAUCUGGCACCCGAAAUUGGCAAUAUCGGAUGUGCGUUAGCAUAUAGAGACAAUUGGAAUAACUACAGCGAUUUAAUUUUCGCUUAUGGGCCGGAGACGAUUGUGACAAUAUCCAACGUGGUGUUUUUCAUUCUCACAGCAAAAUAUUACAAUACAGUAAAAGCGGAUAUAAAAAAUAUAAAUACCGAUCCCGGAAGCAAACAAUUUGAUUCCAUUAAGAACAGAUUUAUCAUGUUCGCCAAACUGUUCAUCGUUAUGGGAAUGCAAUGGAUAUUCGAGACAGUGAACUACUUCCUCGGCAAAUAUUUAGGUUCUAAUAAUAACGUAAAGGUGUUUCUUUACCUCAUUUUAGUCUUAGAUUCUCUUGAAGGUUUAUUGAUUUUCAUUAUUUUUGUUAUGAAGAAAAACGUGUAUCAAGCUAUUCGCAAACGAUUGCAAGAUAUACAAAAAAAUUAAUCUGCAACGUAAUGUCACUGUUUACUUAUAUAGUCAGGAAAAACGCGAUCAACUACGCUAUAUUUUUGUUUCAUUUACGCGACUUAUGUUUUAAAAAGAGUCGAUAACUAAGCCAUAUUGAGAAUUUAAGAGAUCGGAAAGAGGGUAACGAUAUAAAAGAGAGAGUAACAAUUUAAAUAGGAAAACAGAUGGACCAUUCCAGGGAUUUGGUUAAUCCGGAAAAGAUGAUCCUAACUAGCAAUACAAUGAAUUGAAUAAGGAAAGGAAACAAACAGAAAGAUUGCAACAAAAGUUCGAAAAGAUCAUUGCCUGAAAGCGACAUCCUGCUCUAGUAAAAUUUGGUUUAUACCAAAAUGAGUGGACAAAAGAUGACGUUGAAGAAAUCACCAAUACGUCGAAAGUAAAGCAAUCUGUCGGUUUGUCUUCUGUUCCUAAAUUUGCUGAUGAAAUGAGCGUACACUUUUAAAGUAAAAUGAAAAAAAGAGAGUACUACGGCUGCUGUAAACAUUAUGUUUACCGCCAUUAUCCCCGUUAUUAAAUAACGAAGUCAAAUAAUUUUUUAUGGAAUUAUACAAUUAAUAGCCCGCUGUUUUUAAUAGCGCUAACGUGCCAAUACACAAUAACAAUAGUUCUAAAGUACUUUUACUUUUCAGAACUUUUAAACUUUUCCAACAUAUAUAUGCACUUCAUUCCUCAUACGUCGUCAUUGUUUUUAUACUUGACCGUAUUAUCACUCGAAUAAAUGUACAUUCGAGUGCUUCUUUGUCAUUUAACUUUAUGUUCAGCUAUACACACUUUGAAUUACGCGGAGUAACACAAUACCAUGGAAUUUUGUUAAUAGUUUUUUAAACAAUAUUUUCGUAUCGAAAUAUUUCUUCGAUAAAUCGACUGUUAUUUUAAAGCGCAUUGUUCAGAAACACUAAAAGUAGAAACACUCUUUUAAUAUUCUAUAAGGUUUAAAAGUUAGCAAGGUUAGAAAGGAUGUUCCAAUCCAGUCUAAUGCAGGAAUACAAAACACAGCUAUUCGCCACCGAAAUUUGACGAGCUCAAGUGAUUCUCCAAAGAUUUGUCUAGAUGCGAAAAUGUAAAUCAGGACAUCUUAGUCGACUCGUCACUAAGAAACGUGGAAGUAAAUGCCAUGCACAAGCAGUGGGCUUUGCACAAGGGCAUCGAUGUUCCGUAAAUUGCACCCUCUGCACAAGGACAUGAUCAAUUCACAAUCAAUCUCUCUCUUAUCGUUUCAGAAGAGUACAUUUUAAAUUGCCAUUUUUUCAUACAAUUUUUGAUUUACCAAAUAAAAUGUAUCAAACACGUCAACCAGAGUAUGAUUCUCUUAAUGUAUCGUCGGACAUGGAAAAUUUAUUAUAUUAUCAAUAAUAAGAAUGUACGAUAGUUUUUGUAAAGAUAUUGUAAACAAGUCAUAAAUAUAUGUCUGUGUAAAAUCUGUAUUCCUCGUCAAAUUAAUCGAUGCUUUUCCCAUUUAUUGUCACAUUUAAUUUCGCAUUCACCUUUCCCUCAGAAGUGUAAUAUCACUAUUUUAAGCGAAAUUAUGAAGACUAGUUAUUAUUUAUAGAAUUUAGAUUUGUUUAGUAAAUUGUCGUUAUAUGCUAAUAUGCCAAUAACUAAUAUUCGUGCUAACGGAAAAUUUUUACGCAUAAGGACGAAUUCAAUGCGAAAUAAUGCGCAAAUGCGAAAAAAUACGCAAUAUUACGACAGUUGAAUUAUGUAGAAUUUCGUAAAGUACGUAAAAAUAUUUACUAAGUGGUAAGUCUUGUUUUGUUUUA